ACUUGAAUGUGGUGCGAGCAACGUUGAAGUCAGUUCUUAGUGAGCCCCCCGAUCGAACAGACGAGGGCUCAGUGACUUGAGUCGUUUUUGCGUCCCCCACGCUUAGCCGGUUUUACGUUCAUAGCAUCGAACAAUACUUUUAAACACCACAAACCAGAUCGGUUGCUUUGGCAGCGAUGCUUCUGCGCGUCGGUGUAGUGGUGCUCGGACUGUGUUUGACCUUGGGCGCAUCGGCGGACGAUGUGAUUGAAUGCACAACGGAUGACGACAAAAAAGGAGAAUGCGUCAAGCUUCAUCUGUGCCGGAAUGGUGUGAUCAAUGACGACGGUGCCAACAUAAUUGACAUCCGCUUCAAUCCGGAUAAUGUGUGCGAGGACUAUCUGCUGAAAUGCUGUGCCAUUCCUGAAGAUGAGGAUGAUCAGGUUUUGGUUCCGCCCUCUUCGUUGCCCCAACAGCCCGAUACUGGUAACCAGCCCGGACCGAACCCUGGAUCGAACCCGGGACCGGGCGUUACUGGAUUAAAUGCAGGAGGAGUGACCAACGGACCGGGCUCGCCUGGUCAGAGUAUACCGCCUCCAGCACCGGAUGCUCUAGAUUUGGCUCAGGGUAAACCUAAACCAUCGGGUGGUGGUCCAGGUGUUGGUUCAUGUAACUGCAAAGGAAGUGGCAAGUGUUGUGGGACUAAUUUGGAAGAUGAACAGUUGACUUUGAUUGGGGGCGAUUUGUUUCCCGGUCCCGGAAAACCGACUUCCGACAAUUUGAUCAAAGAAAACCAUCCACAGCAGCCUGUGCACGGAGGUGGACCUCCCACUGAUAUUCAGAGACCCAAUCCUUCUUGUGGGUUGCAAGGGUGCGGAACAGGUGGACCAAUCGGAGGUCAGAAUGCAGGUGAUCAAGUACAAAAACCUGUUGGUGCAGGAGGUCAGCCAGCUGGUGCAGGAUCAACUGGAGGUCCGAAUGCAGGCGGACAAGUACAGAAACCUGUUGGAACAGGAGGUGAGCCCGCUGGUGCAGGACCAACUGGAGGUCCGAAUGCAGGUGGACAAGGACAGGGACCAACAGGAACCGGAAGUAAGCCGAGUGGAACAGGGCAAGGACAGGAACCAACUGGUGCAGGAGGUCAACCAGCUGGUGCAGGAUCAACUGGAGGUCCGAAUGCAGGCGGACAAGUACAGAAACCUGUUGGAACAGGAGGUGAGCCCGCUGGUGCAGGACCAACUGGAGGUCCGAAUGCAGGUGGACAAGGACAGGGACCAAUAGGAACCGAAAGUAAGCCGAGUGGAACAGGGCAAGGACAGGGACCAACUGGUGCAGGAGGUCAACCAGCUAGCGCAGGAUCAACUGGAGGUCCGAAUGCAGGCGGACAAGUACAGAAACCUGUUGGAACAGGAGGUGAGCCCACUGGUACAGGACCAACUGGAGGUCCGAAUGCAGGUGGACAAGGACAGGGACCAAUAGGAACCGAAAGUAAGCCGAGUGGAACAGGGCAAGGACAGGAACCAACUGGUGCAGGAGGUCAACCAGCUGGUGCAGGAUCAACUGGAGGUCCGAAUGCAGGUGGACAAGUACAGAAACCUGUUGGAACAGGAGGUGAGCCCGCUGGUGCAGGACCAACUGGAGGUCCGAAUGCAGGUGGACAAGGACAGGGACCAACAGGAACCGGAAGUAAGCCGACUGGAACAGGGCAAGGACAGGGGACAACUGGUGCAGGAGGUCAACCAGCUGGCGUGGGAUCAACUGGCGGCCCGAAUGCAGACGGACAAGGACAGGGAGCUGGUGCUGGUGCAGGAAAGCAACCGGGCUACGGUGGUUCUGGACAACACGGCGCGGGAGCUGCUAAACCAUCUCCUCCUGGCAGUCCUUCCAAGGGUUCUGGUUCUGGUGGUAGUAAAGAUCGCACUGGAGAGGGUACCACUCAAAGUCCAUUCACCGCAACCGCUCAGCCACUAAAGUGUGGCUUGCGUAAUGUGGACGGAGUUGGAUUCCGAAUCACCGGCGACAAGGAUGGCGAGUCCGAGUACGGCGAGUUCCCGUGGAUGGUGGCCAUUCUGAAGCAGGAGAAGGCGCUGGAUCAAAUCAUUCACGUGUACCAGUGCGGUGGUUCGUUGAUCCAUCCGUCGGUCGUACUCACGGCCGCCCACUGUGUACAAGACAAGAGCCCGCAAGACAUCACACUGCGGCUCGGCGAAUGGGAUACGCAGACCAAAAAUGAGAUAUUCGACUACCAGGAUCGCAAGGCAGUGGAGAUUGUGACUCACCCCGAAUUCUACAAAGGCGGUUUGUUCAACGAUGUAGCUCUGGUGUUCCUCGAUAAGCCGGCAGAGCUGAUGGACACGGUCAACACGAUCUGUCUGCCGCCGGCGGACUUCAACUUUGAUGCUUCACGCUGUUUCGCAUCGGGCUGGGGCAAGGAUGUGUUUGGCAAGCAGGGUACCUAUCAGGUGAUUCUGAAGAAGAUCGAGCUACCGGUGAUGCCGCGCGCCGAGUGCCAGACAGCGCUACGUACGACACGCCUGGGGAGAAGGUUUAAGCUGCAUAGCAGCUUCAUCUGUGCCGGUGGCGAAAAGGGUCGCGAUACAUGCAAGGGUGACGGUGGCUCACCGCUCGUUUGCCCGAUACCGGGCUCUGUGAAUCACUACUAUCAGGCCGGUAUGGUGGCAUGGGGUAUUGGCUGCGGGGAAGACGGUAUCCCCGGUGUGUACGUGAACGUGCCAUUGUUCCGCGGGUGGAUUGAACAGCAUCUGACGCAGAGAAACAUUUCUCACAGCUCCUUCCAGUACGCAUGAGCAUUGGCUGUUCUUUUAAUUUUAAAGUAAAACAUUGAAUUAAAGCAGUGCAAUAAAA